GAACAAUGUUUCGAAUUUUGGUUGCACUUUUACUGUUAGGAAUCAGUGUAACAGGCCAAAAAAUUAAUCCCAGGGAUCCCGAUCCAAUACAUCAUGGUUCACCAGCACCUGCAAAUCCUCCACAUGUGUCAAAUUGGGAGCUCGUAAUGAGAGGUCUAGAUAUUGCCUUUGAACCUUUCAUGUUCGUUAAUAGACUGGUUCCCUCUGGUCCGAAUCCACUGCAUAAUAAAAAACAUCCGAAAUCAUCACCUGCACCAGCACCAGCAGCUUCAAAGCCUUCGCACAUGUCAAAUUGG